GUGGCGGGGCAGGGGCGGAGCCGCGUCAUGGCGGCCGGGCGGCUCCCGCCGGGCGCGCUCACCCUCAAGCAGUUCCUGAGGCGGCAGCAGGUCCUUCAGUUGUACCGCAAAAUCCUGCGGGCUAUCCGGGAGGUCCCUGCUGAGCAGGAUCGCCGCUACUUAAAGGACUGGGCCAGGGAGGAAUUCAAGAGAAACAAGGAUGCUACAGAAGAGGAUGCAAUCAGGAUGAUGAUUACUCAAGGCAACAUGCAACUUCAGGAACUUCAGAGAACACUUAAGCUGGCAAAAUCCUGAUCUUCAUUUUGUUGACAGUUUAAUUUUUAUCUGUUGCAAAUAGGCACAGUGUUUUUUCUACAAUGUGGUUACAUUGGCAGCCUUUGCUGGCAACCUGGUAAUGUUUGGAAGAGGAAUCUAUCACAGUGGGGGUUUUGUUUUUUCCCCUUCCCCAUCCAUUUCUCAGUUUUGCUACCCUAAGAAGUGGAAAUCACUUGGACACAAAGGACAUUAAAGAACUGCAUGGAUGAUGUAAUGUGCUGCAGGAAAGGCAGCAAGCUGCAAAAAUUACAGCUAAAUACAUGUGUUAAUGCCAGUGCAAUGGAAAAUAAAUAUAUGCCAGAUUA